AUGUGUUGUACGAUUAAGACAGCGCCACCUAAGCCAGCCACCUGCAGCACUGAUCUGUCUUGGGCAUAUCCGGCCCUCCGUGCGUUGUAUAACGAGUAUCCGGAACUCUACCAUAUCCUGCGACGGUGGUUCCGCCUCAUCCCAGGAUAUUGUGUCGGUCCCUCUAUCAAUUCCGGGACUUUUCCAAAUGGCAACCAAGUUCCUGCCUCAGCCUUGUCAGACUUGGAAGCAGAGCAUCCGAUUGAUCGACAACUCGCAGUGUAUUUUCUCGAUUCAACUGUUACUGGAGUCCUCCCGUCCGGGGAUGAAUCGUCACUGCCUAGAAUUGCUCCCGAGCUUCUCAGAGCUGUCUGGUUAGCAGAUAAUGAUGCCCUGGCAAACGAAGCCCAGGUUGGGGGACCCAAUGGAAUCCGACCGAAUACGCCGAACGAUCGCUUUAUGGAGGCAUUCGGGUCGGACAACUACCCGUACCCCUUCAUAGGAGUGGGCAGGGACAUCAACGGGGCCAAGGGCCGCAUUAUGAAAGGAAAUGUGCCUUGCGCCCUGACUAGGGUCGACACGCUGGCGACAACAGCAGUUACGAGCGAUUCGCAGGGCGAUGUUGAUACUCUCUUACAGUCGAUUCGAGUAGCCUUUGCUGUGUUCGAUUACCUCAACGAUCCGCAGGUGUCGGUUCGCUUCAAUGCUGUGCGCCAGCAGAUCCAUCUCCAGGCGACUUAUAUCGAACGGGAUGCCAGGAUACCUAACUUCGCCGCUUGGUGGGAUGAGUGGCUGACCGACUAUCUUGCUACCACUCAAGAACGGAUCCAAAACUGGGCUAGGGAUGCGAUUAAUCGCGCAGCGGAGCCUUUUGUGCAGGCGCAUAAUGAGCAUGUGGAUCUGUUUACUUAUGCGCAGGUGAUUGGUGCCUUGGAGCUGAUGUUGCAGGAAGUUGAAAAUAUCAGGUUUCCACCGGACACAUCAAUGCGAUACCCUCAGCCCUAA